UCUAGUUCACCAUCAAAAAAUGAUGACCGCUCUAUAACAAGAGAUACAAUAGACAGUAAUUUAAGUAAAUACAUUUCAAUAUUUUUGUAUUAAAUGUUUAAAUAUUUUAUUGAUACAAAUUGCAUUUUAAUAAUUUACACGAAUUAAUUUUAUUCUUAGACGUUAUUCAUUCGGAAAUGGAUGAUAGCAGUGAAGCUUCCGAAUCUGAGGAACGUUACGAUGAAUUAAAAUUUUCCAUAACGUUUUCGGUUGAAGAGUGGAAUACUAUAAAACCUCAAACAAAAGCAUACAUGGAAAAACGUGGCUUACGCUAUUAUGAUGUACUAACGCCUUAUGUUUGGAGCAAUGUUGUUCAGGAACAUUUUUUUUUACAUUCCAAAUUACCGUGCGCUUUAUCAUUUAAAAAGGCACAAGUGACACUCACGGGUAAAGUAUUUAUUAAUAUACGUGGUAGGUGCACAGAUUGCCAUUCAUUAUUUGAAGGUGUUGUGGAAGAUGUACCCGCUGUUGAUGCAAGAGUUGUAAUGCACUGUACAUACUAUGGCCACUAUAAAGAGAAACAUAGAAAAAGGCGCCGUUUGAUGGGAUCGGAAUUACACCGAGCUGUAUCGUCGAUGAUAGAAAUGAAAGUGGUUCCAUCCGUAUAUAGAAAAAAUGAAGCAAAUCGUCUUAUGACUGAAGGUGAUUUGAUUCCAGCGCAAGUGCCUAAUUUAAAUAGCUUACAAAAAGCCAAAAGUAGAGCGAUUGCAGCUCAAAGGCUACAUGCAGAUCCAGUGUUAGCAUUAUGUAUAAUGAAAGAAAAUGGAGGAUAUGGUUCUGCUAUUCGUAACAUUGGUAUUAAUAAGUUUUUUGUUCAUUUUUGGAGUGAUCUUCAACUUAAAGUGUAUAAAGAAUCGUAUUCUAAGGUUGAUACACCAACCAUGUGUUUCGAUGCAACUGGUGGUUGUGUCAGAAAAUUAAAACGACAAAAUAAUACAUAUAGUGGAUCAAUAUUUUUAUACGAUGGUGUAAUGAAAGUUAACGAACAAACAUUUACUGUUUUAUCAAUGUUAUCUGAAGAGCAUGAUAAUAUUUCUAUCAGAGUGUGGAUUCAACGGUGGCUUCGGUGUGGUGUUCAGUCUCCUAAAGUGGUAAUAUGUGAUCAAUCUCUAGCUCUAAUGUCGGCUCUGGUUCAAAGUUUUACGCAGUUUACUUCUCUUGAGAUGUAUUUAGAUGUUUGUAUGAAACUUACACAAGGACAAAACUGUACAGAAAUUCCAUUUUGCUAUAUACGGAAUGAUGUUAACCAUUUUAUGCACCUCGUAGCACAAUGGCCAUGUAUAAAAAACACGAAGUUUAUACGAACUAAACAGUUAUAUAUACGAGCAAUAGGACUUUUAGUUCUAUGCACUAACUUAACUGAAGCUAAAACUAUCUUGGAAGCAAUUUUUACGAUAGCAUUUAGUGAAACUGAUGGGCUAGAUGAACACGGCGAGCGAACACUAUGUGCUGAAUCAAAAAUAUACCUCAAGAAUCGGAUAACUGCUAAUGUCAUUGAUUUUGUCGAUCCACUAAUAGAAAUAAAUCAAGAGGAAAAUAUUUCACCUCAAAAUGAUGAUGAAUUAGAUAACAAUGAAUCAAUGCCUAUUAGUAAUUCAUCAUUCAAAGAAUGGACCAAGUCAAUUGCAAACGAAUGUCAGUUGAAAGUAGAUUUAGGAAUAAAAGGUAUAGAAGAUAAUGUUCAAUAUGAGUUAGAAAUAGUACCUCACAUAAUAAAUGCAAUGAAAUUAUUUCCAUGUUGGUCAGGAAUAAUGAGGCCAUUAUUUGGAUAUGGAAGUGAAACGGCAUCUAGUAGCCGAAUUGAGAGUAACUUUAAUAAUUUAAAACACCGAGUCUUCCAUAACGAUGUACUACCAUUAAGAGUAGAUACUUUUUUAGAAAAAAUAAUUCAAUAUUACAGAGGCGACCACCUACUUUUGCAAGGUUCAACACAAAAUAUUGACGAAAGAGAGAAAUAUGAUGAUAUUAUGAAUAUAUGAAGAUAACGAGAAUGAUAUAGAACUUGAAGAAUACGGUAAUCACGAAGUAGAAGAAGACCACGAAGAUAGUGUAGAUGACGAAAUAGGAAUAGAUCAUGGAGAUGACAUAGGGCAGCUUGUAAAUUGUGAAAGGGACAGUAAUUUAAUAGCACAAAGGCCGUCUAACUCAUGUUUGGCAUGUAGUAAUGGUGACUUUCCUACUGGUCUUCAUAAAUGCAAAAUAUGUCAAACAAAUGUUCAUUUAUUUGGCUGUUCAGUUCCAGCCCCGGGCACAGAAGAAGGAUGUGGAGAAGAAAGACUUUGCCUGAUUUGUGCAGAUAUUGCUGUUGAAAAUAAUGCAACAGAAAAAUGGGGAAAAAAACAUAUAACCAAAAAAUCUAAAAUAUCACGAUCUGCUAAUUCAUAUCUUUCUAAACAGCCAGGAUUUGAUGAAUUGAAUUUGAAUGAAAAAGGAUCAUCAGCUUCCGUUUAUUUUCUUAAAAACGGAAAUUUAUUUAAAAAUCGAACCAUAAAAAUUAAAGAAACAUCUGGAGUCAACAAUAAAUUUGUAUUGAGUAAUACUUGUGCCAUUGAUUCGUUGAUGACUGUUUUGGCAUGCUCAGCAUCUGAUAGUAAAGAUUUCAAAACAUUUUUAUUCCGUAAUGUUAAUAAAAAUAAACUAAUUGAAUUUAUACUAGAUAUGUUAAA